AUGGUUAAUGCAUUAGCCAUUUGGUUUUCUUCCCGAGUUAAACGGAGUCAAUUUUUUUUUUCCCUUGCUAAUAAACCGAACCAAAUUCGAGUCAAUUUUAUUUCUUCACCGCCCCAACCAACGGAUCAGACCAUAAACCCUUCUUUUCUACUCUGUUCUGAUAAUAGAUUUUUCAUUUUGGCGUCCGUGGCUUCUGCUUUAUCAGUGGAAUCGUCAAUGGCUCUACGGCUUUUGCCAUUUUUUUCUUGCAGCGGACGCGUUUUCAUAACUCAACCGAGACCGUUCGAUGUUCUGCUGCCACGUCAGUCUCCUCGCCCUUCUAUCCUGGCUUUCUCUCGCCGCCGGAGCAACACUCCUUCAACCACUUCUUCUGUGAAGAAAAAGAAAGUAAAGAAAGAGAAGAAAGGAUUAGUGGAGGAGGACGAUUUUGAUGGAGACCCUUUUGAAGCAUUGUUCAGUCAGCUGGAAGAAGACCUUAAAAAUGAUAACUCAGACAUUGAAGAUGAUGAUGAUUAUGAUGAGAUAAAGGAAGAAGACGUUGAUAGGCUUGCAAGUGAGUUGGCGGAUGCACUUGGGAAUUUUGAUUUGGAAGCAUUUACUUCAACUCCAGAUGAUGCUGAAGAAGAAGAAGAAGAAGAAGAAGAAAGGCCUGUAAAGCUUAAGAAUUGGCAGCUUCGAAGAUUGGCUGCUGCUGUCAAAGUUGGUCGCCGUAAAACUAGUAUUAAGAGUCUUGCUACAGAGCUUUGUCUUGAUAGGCAUGUGGUUCUCGAAUUGCUCCGUGAACCUCCUCCGGAGCUUCUUAUGUUGAGUGCUACUUUACCUGAUGAACCUCCCAAGAGGGAACCGGUGCUUGAAACCAAACCUGUAGAACCUGUUGCUCUAGAGACCACAGUGGAUAGUGUGAAACAUGAGCCCAAGGAGCCUAAGGUGAAAGAGCCAGUCCAUGUGAUGCAACGCAGAUGGUCUGCCCAAAAGAGACUUAAGAAAGUGCAAGUUGAAACCCUUGAAAAAGUUUAUAGAAGAUCAAAGCGGCCAACUAAUGCAAUGAUUAGCAGCAUUGUGCAAGUAACAAACUUGCCUCGAAAAAAAGUUGUAAAAUGGUUUGAGGAUAAGCGCAAUGAGGAUGGAAUUCCAGAGCAUCACCAGCCAUACCAGAGGUCUGUUUCAGAAACAGUCUUCUCCAAUUGACACACUCUGUAUAUUUCGUGCCUUUUUAUGUGCUUCCUAGACUCAUUAAAAGUGACUGGAUGUAACAGUAUCGUAGUCAAAGCUUCCAUAAUGUGUUUGUUUCUUAUGCUACUUUAUGUUUAUACUCCAUAAAAUGUAAAUAAUCUUUAUGUCAUUCAAGAGCCCCACAUUGGGCGUUUCAAGCAAGGUGGAUUUGAUUAGUGAAGACUUACUAUGAUCUA